AUGAAGUCUCAGCUAUUUUCCCAGUCUUCGCAGCCGCGAUUAUCACCGCCGCCGCCUCGCCCUCUCCAACUGUUGGCCGAAUGCUCCCUCCGAGAUCUACUUCCCCGAUCUCAUGAUAUUCGUCCCAUACCAUCUGCCGAGAGAGAUAGAGUCCCCUAUUACCAACCAUAUCUUUCUCAGUAUACAAGGCUUAAUUACCAGAACUUUAAUUACGGUGGCCCCGAGAAGCGCAAGUUUUCACAGGCGAUGGACGGGCCAGGACUUCAGCCUAACGGUCUCCACGAUCAGAUACAGCAAGAUCAACAUCAGCAGCAAAAGGAAGUGAAUUCCCUGCCAUGGACAAGUUUGGCAUCUACUACGAAAGAUACAAACGGUGAACAAAAAAGUGGAUUAACUACUCUCAUAUGCGCAGCAGAGUCCUCCCCCGAGGCUUCGACUACAACACCCGAUCCCCGAUCCUCUAUAAUUCCAGCAACUGGAAAGAUAGAACAAAAAGCAACCUCGAUCUGCAGCGCCUCCUCAUCUUGCUGUGAUGACGAUGAUUGUUCCUCGAAAUGCGAGGACGAGGACUGUGACGCUCCUGCAUGCGAAGAUUGCACGGCUUGCGAGAUAGUUCCCCAGUUUUGCGAUUCUGAAUCUUGCCUUGAACAAAGCUCCUCCUGCCCAGAGGAUGCUUCUUGUGUUCAGAAGAUUAUAUGUGCUAAAGAUGACUGCGAGGUCACAAGCUGCCAUCCUUCGGACUGCGUGUUUGGUAAUGGUGACAUCCCGGGGUUCGAUGUCCCUCUAUGGAGCGUGCCGCUAGGAGGAUUUGCGCACCAGCAACCUCAGAAUCACAAUCGUAAUCAAGAUCGGAAUCAGCACCAGAAUCAGCACCAGAGUGGCAGCGUUGAACCAAAUCUUUUGUCUCUGGAUUACGGUAAUCCUGACCAAUUGCAAGAUUUACAACUUCACUACCCUUUACCAGCGCAACAAUUGAUCCAUUAUCCCAUUUCACAACCAAACCUUGCAUCAGAACCCUCGGAAUCAUCUCGCUCCUCAUCUGCAUUCCUUGAACCCUACAAUGAAUUUUCCUCCACUUUCGAUCACGAUUAUGCUGCACCUUCAAAGCGUCGUCGGGUCUCUCAAACUACCCCCAUCACUUCACCCGCUUAUGAGUACCCCUCGAAGCCAAGUACACCGUUCAGUACCGCCGAACCCGUACAAAACUGGCCAAACUACAACCCCACAAACAAUGAAAAUUGGAAUAAUGGAAUGUUAUUCAACACUAAUCCCGCCAACAGCAAUAACUUAAUGGAUCUGAACGACUGUCACUGGGAUGGCUGCAACUUCCAUUUCGCUUCAGAGGUUGACUUUCAGAUGCAUCUAUCCACCCACCUUGGUGAGUUGACUCCAGAACAGUGUUUAUGGGAUGCAUGCGGGACCAGUGUCGAUGGUCUUGAAGAUUUGAAGGAGCAUCUAGCAGUGCAUUUGCUACCGCCGGAUGUAGACUCAUCUACCAGAACCUCCCCUGCACCGACCAUCGAUGACGGGGGGCCGAAGCGGUGCGAGUGGCUGGUCAGUACUGGCAAGAAUGUCAGUAGCAGUGGGGAAGAAGAAUUAGUGAGAUGCGGGAAAACAUUUGCAUCCGCAGAGGAACUGCAAAAACAUGCAAAAGACGAACAUAUUGCCAUACUCAAGAAAAAGACAGGACAUUUCUGCGGAUGGGCAGAUUGCUCCCGGCGGAAUAGGCCAUUUAGUCAAAAAGGAAAGGUUGAGAGACAUUUACAAACACAUACCGGAUGUAGGUUGAAGUGA